GUUCGAGAGCGAAAAUCACUGACGGGCCGUUGCCCCAACCUACGUUGGGGUCUUCUUCCACAGGGAAAUAACUGAUGUAUAAGUAGACGCGCAUCUACCUCGAUGGGUGGGCAUCCGUCGAUCAUCACUCUUUACACAGUACCUGUCUUUUCGAACUUCGGUUCAGUCCUUCCUUUGCGUCGUCAGGCACACGCCCUUUGGCCAACAGUCCAAUCACAGCUUCGACAGCUCUCUACAAUCACUUCCUUGUAGAUUUACACCAGAUCUUCCGAUCCUUUCAAUCCUUCAAAAUGGUUCAGACAAGCUUUAUUACGCUCCUUCUGCCCGCUCUUGCGCUUGCCGCUCCCUGGGCCGCUCCCAACGCGCCCGCUUCCUCGGCCGCCUACUCCACCGCAGUGGCUCAGCCCACUAGCACCAGCCUCCCCUCCACCACUGGUGGCAAGGUGACAUUCAAGAACAACUGCGACUACGAUGUCACCUACGAGCAGCUGUGCCCUUGCGGCUCCUCCGACGGCAGCGGCACCAUUUCUGCCGGCGCCACCUGGAGCGACUCCAUCUCGGACUGCUCUGGCGGCAACACCGCGCUUAAGCUCUUCAAGGAUGGCGGGUCCAAGCCCAUGCAGUUCGAAUAUGGAAUCCAGAGCGGCAACAUCUGGUACGACAUGUCCUUCAUUGACUGCGUCUCCGGCUCCGACGACUUCAGCCAGUGCGCUGGCUCUGCCUGGUCCAUGGGUGCUGCCGAUAGCUGCCCGACCUACUCCUGCAGCGGAGGUUCCGAGUGCUGCAUCCAGGGCUACUGCGACCCGACUGCGAGCGUUGCCUCUGAGCAGCCGGUCGGUGCUUGCGGCGCGAACCAGGGCUUCUCCGCCAGCAGCGUCGGUGUUAGCAUUGAAAUCUGCGGUGCUUAGAUUUGGGACACCCUUUAUAGGGUAGGCGUUCUAGGGUUAUGAUAGAUAUGAUAGAUGACCCAUGAAUCACGACUUUUACAUUUCAACAC